AUAGCUCAGACGAUUUCAGUCUCAACACACCAGUCAGCAAUCGAUGCUCCGCGGAUACGGACGUGUUUGUUCUCUUCUUUCGUGAUUCUGUGUGCUCACAUAAAGCAAUUCUCAAUUUCUGCAUUUUCUUUCGUUUUUUUUUUACAAUUUUGCUACAUCGUACAACAAUUGUUCCCCACCUUUUGGCACGAGUGUUCAAUUCGUUUUAUAUUGAUUCUCAUCCUACGAGAAUUCGGGUGGACAUAAUUAGAGACGUUAUGUGUUCGUAAAAGCCCAAAAUUGGACAGACUGCAAAGAGAGAAGUUAUUCUCUGUAAGAAAAAAAAAGAAACAUCUUUUAUGCAUUUUGUGGUUAAUUUGAAACUCAACGUUGUCCACUGAAGGAACGAUGAUUCUCAAGAACAUCUCUAUUCUAGCUUGUAUAACUCUAGUCACGCUGGUGCCACUAUGCACAGCCACCCACAAAAUCCCCACAGACCUCCGGAGUCGGGUACGUCUGGCAUUGCACAUGGAACAAAUUCACCAGACGGGUGCCACGGCGUGUGAGGCUGAACGCCCACCCCCAUGUCCACCCAGCAAAUUCCGCUCCCCAACAGGGGAAUGCAACAACAUCAAUCAUAGAGAUUGGGGAGCACGUGGGGAUAUUUUCCUGCGUCUCUUUGAACCCAGCUACGCCGAUGGGCGUUCCACACCGAGAAGCUCCCAGAGCAGCCAUGCCCUUCCGGCGCCUGAGAGUAUUGUCUCGAGUCUCCAGAGUAGUACAGAUGCCAAACAGGAGCAUCCCCACAUCACAGCAAUGCUUCCAGCUUGGGGUCAACUACUUGCCUACGAUCUCAUAGACACAAUCACCCCAUCCCUAUCGUGUUGCCAAGGAAAUGCUGCCAAUAGGACGCAGGAACAGGUAGCACUUUGCUAUACAUCCUCCACAAGUGAUGGAUGUGUUGAGUACAGGAGAUCUGCUCCAUCGUAUGAGAUUGGAACUUGUGAUUUCAAACAACGUGAGCAGAUGAAUUCCGUGUCCGGCUACAUUGAUGGCUCGGGGCUUUAUGGGUCAAGGGAGGAAGAUUUUCAGAAGUUGAGAACGCAUAAGGGUGGUUUGGUGAACAUUUCCGCGUGCUUCAGGUGCAAUGAACAGGGUGCCGUUGGGGCACUUCAUACGAUCCUCCUGAAGGAGCACAACAGAAUUGCAACGGUUCUCUCCAAGAUGAAUCCCGUGUGGACAGACACAACGCUCUUCUUGGAAACAAGGAGAGCGAUUACAGCUCAAAUUCAGCACAUUACCUACAAUGAAUUCCUUCCCGUUGUCCUGGGGCAACAGAUCACAGCCAAGGAUGAACUCCGUCUCGAAGUAUCGAAGCACUUUGCACAGUACUCAAGUACCAAUCGUGGUGGGGUAUUCAAUGAAGCAGCUGUAGCUGCUUUCCCGGCCUUCCUCACAAUGCUUCCUGCUGCAAUGAUGGAUGAUUCAGCAUCAGCGGAAAUUCUCAUUAGGACACCCGCAUUGAUGAAGACAUUCAUCCCAUUGGAAAAAUCAGCUGAAAAAUCCUGGACGGAAAUUGCAUUGGCAAUUCAGAGGGGAAGAGAUCAUGGUAUUCCCGCAUACUACCAAGCUAUCAAUCUCUGUGAAGCCCGUGUGGGAUUCCAUGCGGAUUCAAGGAUCACAUUUGAGGACUUUAUUGCAGCUGGAAUCCCCAAGGCGUCUGUGGAUGCUCUCAAGGAGAUUUACAUGAAUCCAGAAGAUGUUGAUCUUCUUACAGGAGCUCUGUCUGAAACUCCUCAACCGGGAUCAGUUUUCGGGCCAACGCUCUCAUGCCUCUUGGCGACACAAUUUGCAAGCUUGAGAAAUAGCGACAGGUUCUGGUAUGAGAAUGAUCUUCCUCCAUCAUCGCUUUCCCUGGAUCAACUUCAGGCUGUUCGACGAGUUUCCCUCUCUGGACUCUUGUGUGCUGCCAAUGGCGUCCCUAGGUCGCAACCAAAGGCCUUCAUUCGCGAUGAUCCUUACCUAAAUGCUCGCUUGACUUGUGAUCAACUAUCGGGACUGGAUCUGACCACGUGGAAGUUUGAAGAUAAUAACUACGUUGAAGACACCUUAGAGGAGACAACACGUAUGCCAGAUCACGAUGAAUUGACACCUGAUCAGAUUAAAGAAGCCCUGAGGAAGGCUCAGGAAGAUUUGGCUGCUCGUAAGAGAUUUGAAUACGAAGUUUGGCUAGAACAGGGAGGAAUUGAUGCCAGAUCACCUGAUGGAACAGCAGCUUCCUUCAGCAAGGCCAACAGGAAUGCCCUUCUUCUGGCCAAUUCAUCUCUCUUCUAUGAAUUUGCAUCCAAUGAGAUCCUCAACACACUUCAUCGGAAUCAACGCAGGAAGCGUCAGACAUUCGACAGCAACAUCUUGGGCUUCUCCCGUGGGGAUGACUUCACUGAUAGCCUGCAGAAUAUCGAUGUGAACUCCCUCCUCUCUGGCUCAAUUUCGCCCAUUAAUUUGGAACCUCAGUGUGAAGAUCUCACAGCACCGUGCGACACAACAACCCCAUUCAGAAGCAUGGCUGGCUACUGCAACAACCUCAGAUCACCAAGUUUGGGGCAAUCCCUGACGACAUUUGCACGUCUCCUGCCACCAGUCUACGAGGAUGGGGUAUCAAGACCAAGGAUCACAUCCGUUACAGGGUCUACACUUCCCAAUCCACGUACAAUCUCAUCCCUGAUCCACCCUGAUAUCUCAAAUCUCCACACUCGCUACUCACUGAUGGUGAUGCAGUUUGCCCAGUUUUUGGAUCACGAUCUUACAAUGACACCCAUCCAUAAGGGCUUCCACGAAUCCAUUCCCAAUUGCAGAUCAUGCGAUUCUCCACGCACAGUGCAUCCUGAGUGCAAUCCCUUCCCAGUUCCACCACGAGAUCACUACUACCCAGAAGUUAAUGUAACAAGUGGAGCUCGCCUGUGCUUCCCCUUCAUGAGAUCCCUUCCGGGGCAGCAAACUCUCGGGCCGCGUGAGCAAGUUAAUCAGAAUACUGCCUUCCUGGAUGCCUCCCAGGUUUACGGGGAGAAUUGGUGUGUUGCCAAUAAAUUGCGUGGCUUCUCUGGGCGUCUCAACUCAACAAUUCAUCCAAUUAAGGGCAAGGAACUCCUACCACAGAGCCCAUCGCAUCCUGAGUGCAAAGCCCCAAGUGGAUACUGCUUCAUUGCUGGCGAUGGAAGAGCUUCUGAACAGCCAGCUCUCACUGUGAUUCACACAAUCUUCCUCAGGGAACACAAUAGAAUUGUCGAGGGGCUCCGUGGUGUGAAUCCCCACUGGAGUGGAGAUCAGCUCUUUGAGCACGCCAGGCGUAUUGUCAUUGCGCAGAAUCAACAUAUUACCUACAAUGAAUUCCUGCCACGAAUUCUCAGCUGGAAUGCUGUCAAUCUCUAUGGGUUGAAACUUCUGCCCCAGGGAUACUACAAGGAGUACAAUCCCACAUGCAAUCCAGCCAUUGUGACGGAAUUCGCCGCUGCUGCCUUCCGUAUUGGGCAUUCUCUGCUGAGACCACACAUUCCCCGACUCAGUCCCAAUCAUCAACCUAUUGAUCCACCAAUUCUCCUGCGAGAUGGCUUCUUCAAGCCCGAUAUGAUCCUCCAACCGGGAAUGAUUGAUGAAAUCUCCCGGGGAUUGGUGUCCACCCCCAUGGAGACACUGGAUCAAUUUAUUACGGGAGAAGUGACGAAUCACUUGUUUGAGGAUCGACGAAUUCCCUUCUCUGGCAUUGAUUUAAUCGCCCUCAAUGUCCAACGGGCUCGUGACCAUGGAAUCCCCAGCUACAAUAACUAUCGUGCUCUGUGUAAUCUCAAACGUGCCAAUGAUUGGGAUGAUUUGAGCCGAGAAAUCCCACCUGAGGUGAUUGCACGCUUCAAGAGGCUCUACGCCUCCGUGGAUGAUAUUGAUCUCUUCCCUGGGGCUAUGUCUGAGCGCCCACUACAGGGUGGCCUCGUUGGACCCACUUUCGCCUGCAUCAUCGCCAUCCAGUUUAGGCAACUCAGGAAAUGUGAUAGAUUCUGGUACGAAAAUGAAGAUCCCGUCGUGAGAUUUACAGAAGCCCAAUUGUCUGAGAUUCGAAAGACAACACUCUCGAAGAUUUUCUGUGAAAAUCUUGACAUCCCUGGUGAUAUGCAGAGAGCUGCUUUUGAUCUUCCCAGCAAUUUCCUAAAUCCUCGAGUACCCUGCCACACAAUGCCCCAGAUUGAUUUGAGCGCCUGGCGCGAGAAUGUUGUCCAGGGCUGCCAGAUUGGUGGUCGUCACGUGAAUGUGGGUGAAUCCGCCUUCCCAUCUCCCUGCACGAGUUGCAUUUGCACAAAUGAAGGUGCCCAGUGUGCCUCCCUGAGGAUCACAGACUGUGCCCAGCUGGCACGCGAGUGGCCACGCGAUGUGAUCUUGCGCGAUGACGUGUGCAGCGCCCAGUGUGGUCUUGUGCUGCAGAACAACAAUGCCCCAUCCUCAGGCAAUAUUCCCGGACUCACAGCUCCACCACUCCACAGGGCAGCACGAUCACGAUCGCUUCCCGUUGUGACGUUCCAGGGCUUCAGAUUCCCAGAUCUUUCACCCUUCAUCGGGUGAACUGCCCUCCCCCCCACCCUCCUUCCCCAUUCCCAUCCCUUUCUUAGACACAAACGCCAUAAUUUUCUUUAUUAAAAUAAAAAAAAAUAUCUAUAAUUUUAAAAGAAAAAAAUGCAUAAAUGAUAAUUUUGUCUACCGAAUUAUUUUUAAAUUUUAAAAAUAAAUUUAUUCCAACACAAAAAAAAA